AUGAUACAAAAUGUUCUACUGGUCUGGCUGGAAACCAACAUUGAUGUUAAUAGUACCAAUGGCCGAUCUGCUAUUGGUGAACUACAGCACGUUAGUGAUACCAUUCAUAUGUUUGGCGACCGGGAUCAAUGUAUCGACUUUCUUACCGACUCUGACAACGACAAAGCUUGCAUGAUCAUCUCCGGUGCACUAUGUCAAGACGUUGUACCACGGACCCAUGAUAUCACUCAACUUCAAACCAUUUUCAUCUUAUGCAGAGAAAAAAACAAACUUGAACAAUGGGCUGAAGAUUGGCCCAAAAUCAAAGGGAUCUUCCCAGAUAUCGCAUCUAUCUGUCAAGCUUUGAAGAAAAUUGCAGAUCGAUCUGAACAGAAUACCGUUCCAAUUAGCAUCGUGAGAACUGAUGAAAAUAUUUCCAUUAAAAGUUUGGAUAAGCUCAACUGCUCAUUUAUGUAUACACAAAUUAUUAAAGAGAUCUUAUUAACAAUUGAAUUUGGAGAAAAAAAUAUUCAGGAGUUUUUUCGUAAUUCUCGCGAUAAGCGCAUUGACAAUGAAGCCACAUUAGAGAAUGUCAACAAAUUAGAAAAAGAAUAUCAUAAUCAGACACCAAUUCGAUGGUAUACAUCUGAACCUUUGUUCUACUCGGUGCUGAAUCACGCCCUUCGAACCAUGGAAGUGAACAUCAUUAUUAAUAUGGGUUUCUUUAUCAAGGAUCUUCAUCAUCAAAUACAACAAUUGCAUACCGAGCAAUUUGGUGAACAUCAUACUAAUAACGUCUUCACAGUCUAUCGUGGACAAGGUAUGUCAAAGAUAGAUUUUGAUCAGUUGAUGAAUACAAAGGGUGGUCUCAUAUCUUUCAACAACGUUUUAUCCACCAGUAAAAAGCGAGAGGUUUCUUUUCUCUUCGCUGAAAGCAUCUUGAGCGAUCCCAAUUUGGUCGCAAUUCUCUUCGUUAUGAUGGUUGAUCCAUCCAAAUCAACAACACCCUUUGCUUCUGUCACCGACGUUGGCCAUUUUGGAGAUGCAGAAGAGGAAGUACUUUUCUCUAUGCAUACAGUUUUUCGCAUCAAUGACGUCAAAUCAACAGAUGAAAAUCAACGUAUCUUCCAAGUGAACUUGACACUUACCACUGAUGAUGAUAAAGAUCUGCGUUUACUUACAAACCACAUCCGAGAAGAGACUUUUCCAGACUCAACAGGAUGGUACAGAUUGGGUUUAGUGCUCCUCAAACUAGGUCAAUCUCAUAAGGCCUAUCAAAUGUAUCAAGUUCUACUUGAGCAGGCAACGGUCGAAGGUGAAAAAGGACCUAUUUAUCAUCAACUAGGGAAGGCCAAAAAUAUGCAAGGAGAAUAUGAAGAAGCAAUCAAAUUCUAUGAAAAAUCAUUUGCAAUUCAACAACAAUCAUUACCUCCCAAUCAUCCUGAUUUGGCUAUGUACUACAACAACAUCGGUGCCGUGUAUAACAACAUGGGUGAAUGGUCGAAAGCAAUUUCGUCUUACCAACAAGCUCUUACAAUUCGACAACAAUCACUUCCUCCCAAUCAUCCUCAUUUGGCUUCUUCCUACAAUAAUCUCGGUAUGGUGUAUAACAACAUGGGUGAAUACUCGAAAGCACUUUCGUCUUAUGAAAAAUCUUUUGUAAUUCAGCAACAGUCACUUCCUCCUAAUCAUCCUCAUUUGGCUGAUUCAUACAUCAACAUCGGUAAUGUGUAUCACACCAUGAAUGAAUACUCGAAAGCACUUUCCUCUUACGAGAAAGCUCUUACAAUUCGACAACAAUCACUGCCUCCCAGUCAUUCCGACUUCGCUAUGUCCUACAACAACAUCGGUGUAGUAUACUACAGCAUAGGUGAAUACUCGAAAGCACUUUCGUCACACGAAAAAGCCCUUGCAAUUGGACAACAAUCACUUCCUACCAAUCAUCCUGAUUUGGCUUCUUCCUACAAUAACGUUGGUAAUGUGCAUUACAUCAUGGGUGAAUACUCGAAAGCACUUUCGUCUUAUGAAAAAUCCCUUGCAAUUCGGCAGCAAUCACUUCCUUCCAAUCAUCCUGAUUUGGCUAUGUCCUACAACAACAUCGGUGCAGUGCAUGAUGGCAUGGGUGAAUACUCGAAAGCACUUUCGUCCCACGAAAAAGCUCUUGCAAUUCGAAAACAAUCGCUUCCUACCAAUCAUCCUGAUUUGGUUUCUUCCUACAAUAAAAUCGGUAAAGUGUAUAACAACAUGGGCGAAUACUCGAAAGCACUUUCAUCCUACGAAAAGUCCCUUGAAAUUCAACAACAAUCACUUUCUUCCAAUAAUCCUGACUUCGCUAUGUCCUACAACAACAUCGGUAAUGUGUAUGACAGAAUGGGUGAAUACUCGAAAGCACUUUCAUCUUACGAAAAAACACUUGCAAUUCAACAACAAUCAUUUCCUCCCAAUCAUCCUGAUUUGGUUUCUUCCUACAAUAAAAUCGGUAAAGUGUAUAACAGCAUGGGUGAAUACUCGAAAGCACUUUCAUCCUACGAAAAGUCCCUUGAAAUUCAACAACAAUCACUUUCUUCCAAUAACCCUGACUUCGCUAUGUCCUACAACAACAUCGGUAAUGUGUAUAACAGAAUGGGUGAAUACUCGAAAGCACUUUCUUCACACGAAAAAGCCAUUGCAAUUCGACAACAAUCACUCCCUCCCAAUCAUCCUGAUUUGGCCGAUUCCUACAACAACAUCGGUAAUGUGUAUGGCAAUAUUGAUGAACACUUGAAAGCACUUUCAUACUACGAAAAGUCACUUGAAAUUCGGCAACAAUCACUUCCUCCCGAUCAUCCUGAUUUCGCUAUGUCCUACAACAACAUUGGUAAUGUGUAUAACGGAACGGGUGAAUACUCGAAAGCACUUUCGUUCCACGAAAAAGCCCUUGCAAUUCGACAACAAUCACUUCCACCCAAUCAUCCUGAUUUGGCCGACUCCUACAACAACAUGAGUGCAGUGUAUUACCAUAUGGGUGAAUACUCGAAAGCACUUUCAUCUUAUGAAAAAUGUUUUGUAAUUCAGCAACAGUCACUUCCUCCUAAUCACCCUGAUUUGGCUGCUUCCUACAGCAACAUCGGUACAAUGUAUAACAGCAUGGGUGAAUACUUGAAAGCAGUUUCAUUUUACGAAAAAGCCCUUGUAAUUCAACUGCAAUCACUUCCUCCGAAUCAUCCUGAUUUGGCGACGCUCUACAACAACAUCGGUAGUUUGUAUGGUCGAAUGGGUAAAUAUGCAGAAGCUCUUCCUUAUUUUGAAAAAGCUCUUGUAAUUAGACAUCAAUCACUUCCUCCGAACCAUGCUGCUUUGGCAAAUUCCUACCACAACAUCGGUGAAGUGUAUAAGGACUUGGGUGAAUAUUCAAAAGCACUUUCAUCUAAUGAAAAAGCCCUUGCAAUUCGACAACAAUCACUUCCACCUAACCAUCCUGAUUUGGCCGAUUCCUACACUAACAUCGGUGAAGUGAAUUUCAAUAUGGGUGAACACUUGAAAGCACUUUCGUUUCACGAAAAAGCCAUCGGAAUUCGACAUCAAUCACUUCCUCCGAAUCAUCCUGAUUUGGGUUGUUCCUACAACAAAAUCGGUGAAGUGUAUAACAUCAUGGGUGAAUACUCGAAAGCACUUUCCUAUUUCGAAAAAGCCCUUACAGUUCAACAACAAUCACUUCCUCCCAAUCAUCCCGACUUGGCUGCAUCCUACAAUAACAUCGGUUUGUUGUAUGAGAACAUGGAUGACUAUUCAAAAGCAAACUCUUCUUAUGAACGCGCUGUAGACAUUGGACAACAUUCAUUAGCAUCAAAUCACUAUGAUCUACAAAAAUAUAUAAAGAAACUCGAAAACGUUAAAAAGAGAUUGUAGUUUGUUUCUUUUUUUGAAGAAAGACAGGAAAAUUAUUGAACAGAAAACAUAUUUACUUGAAAGAACAUUCACAAGUGUACAGAGAAACUCUGAUCUUAUUGAGGACGCAAAUGGGAUCACACCCAUCCCUAAGGUAAUACUAUGCAUGUCAAGAAAUAUGAAUUUGCAUCGGCCACCUUCACGAAAAUUUCCAUGAUUUGACAAGGGGGGUUGCUCUGUGUUGGAUCAAUAGCUACCGAACAGACUCAUUAAAAUGAGUCUGGAGGAAAGAAAAUUUAUCUAUGAAAACAAUGAAUUAUUCUUUCUGUUCCAAGAAAAAGAAGAAUUCAGUGUAGUUGACAAAUAAUCAAGUAGUUAGAGUGAAAUUCUUCUCAACAACAAAGUUGGACACGGUUCAGUUCGUAGCUAAGUUGAUGUAGUCUGGAUCAGUAUUUCGAGAUAUAAUCGAAGGGCGAUUAUGAAAAAGGUAUCAUUAGUAACGAUGGAAGUAUUUAUACAUUUUUGUAUAUUUUUUCCUCUAUGGGAAACAAAAGAUAAAUAAGCUAAAUAUAUCAUUUAGGAAGAAAGGUAUCUAUAUAAUCAUCAAUUAAAUUGAAGCUAAUAUGACAUGGAUAUUUCUUCUUUAUAAACACUGAUAGAGUAAAAAUAGACUAUAACUGAAAAACAUGGAUUUACAUAUAUAUUUUUUAAGGGCACCCCUUUCUUUUCAAUGGUUUCCCAUGGUUUUGCUUGAUUACUAAGCAUUUCCAAAGAUAUUUAUUUAUUUGCGCUAAGUAGAUAAAAACUGAUUUCUAUUGAUAGAAAUUACCAGCAAUCAUAGAAAACCAGAGCAAUCAGAAAAUCAAUUUGUGUCCGUCGAUUUCAAACGAAUAUUUUAUCAUAUUCCUCUUUUUUGGGUACUCAAAAAGUGAGUACACUAUAGAAUCGGUUAGUAUGUCCGGCCGGCCGUUUGCACGAUAACUCUUCACAGUUACAUCCGAUUGAGCUGAAAUUUUGUACACAGAAUUAUCUCAUCCAUAUCUCGGCCGAGAGAAGAAAAUAAGAAUGAUCCGUCAAGAAAUGACUGAGUUAUCGAAAAUAUUGUCCUCAUUCACCAGA